AUGGCCGCGAAUUCUCAGAUCGAGACGGCGGUGACGCCUACUCCAGAGGUUUUGACCCCCACGGAGGCCGUACACUCCAUAGAACAACAGCAGCAGCAGCGCGACGGAUCGUCAUCAUCAUCAGAUGGAGAGACAUCCUACAAACUCAAAUUCUGCACCGUAUGUGCAUCGAACAACAACAGAUCAAUGGAAGCACACUACCAGCUUUCGUCGGGUUCGUAUCCAGUGAUUUCGUUUGGAACCGGCUCGCUAGUGCGUCUACCGGGACCCUCAAUCACGCAGCCCAACGUUUUCAACUUCGACUCCACAUCGUACAAUCAGAUGUACGAGGAUCUCUACACCAAGGACCAGCGGCUCUACCGCAAUAAUGGCAUUCUGAACAUGCUGGACCGAAACAGGAAUCUGAAAUGGGGCCCAGAGAAGUUCCAGCACUGGGUUCCAGGCCAACCGCGUCUGGAUCAUAUCGCCAAGGGGGAUAAGGGAAGCUUGGGCACUGAAGCAGGUGUUGUAGAUGUCAUCAUCACCUGCGAAGAGCGAUGCUGGGACGCUGUUGUUGACGAUUUACUCAACAGGGGUUCUCCCUUAAAUCGGCCGGUGCAUGUGAUCAAUAUUGAUAUCCGUGACAAUCAUGAAGAGGCUUUAUUGGGAGGCAAGGCUAUACGUGACUUGGCCGAUAGUCUGAAUACGGUAGCUAACGAAGAGCGCCGGUUGAGUAAUGAUCCUGCCUCCUGGGAUCAAGGUGCUGGGGAGGCGAGGCAAAGCUUCGAUGAGAAAGUACCGGAGAUUCUUGGUGCAUGGCAGGAGAAAUAUCCCCAUUUACCGGCGCUGUGGACGUUGUCAUGGUUUUAA